CUACUUCGCAGACUUUCUUGAAUUACGUGUUGCUUGCGAUUGUCUAUGGGGGAUUUUUGGUUUACAAACGCAAGAGAUCUCUGCAGGUUUGGUUUGGUGUCUGGAUGAAUGAAUUUCUUUGCAUUGUGUGAUUUUGGAGAGGGCAAUGGUGUUUGUUUGGGAUUGGAUUUUGGAGGAUUGAAUUAUCUUGUUCUUGUUGUUUGAUUGAAGUGGAAAAUUAGUGAGAAAGAGGAAAUUAAGGGAUGGUAGCAUGUUGCAUUUGUCUUGUUGGUUGGAACAUGAGAUAAAAUGGUAUUUUUAUUUGAUGCUUGCCGUUGCUGAUGUGGAGGCCAAUUUUCUUGUUGUGAAGGCUUAUCAGUACACCUCUUUGACAAGUGUGAUGCUUCUGGAUUGUUGGUCAAUUCCAUCUGUAAUACUUCUUACGUGGCUGUUCUUGAACACAAAGUACAGAUUCAGGAAGUUUGUUGGUGUAGCAGUCUGUGUUGCUGGCCUUGUUCUAGUUGUAUUUUCUGAUGUGCAUUCAAGAGACAGAGGAACUCUUCCUCAUUUGAAGUAUGGUUCAGGAGGCAACGACCCUGUUAAAGGUGAUGUGCUUGUGCUCACAGGCGCUAUGCUCUAUGCAGUCAGUAAUGUUAGUGAGGAGUUUAUAGUGAAGAAGGGGGGCAGAGUGGAGUUGAUGGCAAUGCUAGGAUUAUUUGGGGCAGUUGUUGGCUCCUGCCAAAUAAGCAUAUUCGAACGCAAUAAACUUAAAUCAAUCCAUUGGACUGUCAGUGCGGUGCUUCCUUUCCUUGGAUAUGCAAUUGCAAUGUUUCUGUUUUAUUCUACUGUGCCAUUUGUGCUUAAGUUAAGUGGGUCGACUAUGCUUAACCUGUCGCUGCUGACAUCCGAUAUGUGGGCUGUUCUAAUACGCACAUUCGUAUACCAUGAGAAGGUUGAUUGGAUGUACUUCAUAGCCUUCGGUAUGGUCGGUGUUGGGCUUGUAAUCUAUUCAGGAGGUGCAAAAGAAGACCAUGGAGAAGCUCAAGCAGUUGAGGGUAUUGAGAUUGCAGAAAGGCAGAAAGAUGAAGGAGAAUGUGAUGGACAGUACAUGAACUCAAACACUAGACAUAAUUGAGGACUUUAGAUGGAUUUUUUGGAAAGAUGAUUAUCAAUCAUUGAGCAACUUUUAAGUUAAAUUGGCAUCUGUUUUCAGUAAUAUAGUAUGAUCAAUGCCCUGGAAAUUUUGUUGAUUUUCAGCCUCACACCAUCAAACC